AUGCAGUGGCCUUCACCAAGCACUUUGUAUACCGGCCCCAUCCUGGCACCAAUGGUGCGAGCAAGCUUUCCAGGGAUUCGUGCGCUUGCAGCAGCACUGGGUGCAUCGGCCGUUUACACCGGUGCAAUCGUCGGAGACAGCCUCAGAGAUGUUGUCACAGAGGUGGAUCUGAGCAACAUGAUUGCCAAGAUAUCCACGACACGCCGGUCUGCGGGAUCCCCAUCGUGUGUGAUCAUUUCUGUUCCCAUUCAGGCCACAGAGACGCCGGGGCAGUUCGAACCGGCAAUACCACUGGUUGUGCAGCUGACCGUCAACGAAUAUGACGAUGUCGAUAAGAUUUGUAGCAUCCUUGCACCAUGGUGUGUGGGGAUAGACCUGAAUCUAGGCUGUGGGGCCCAAUUUGCUGUGUCAGGUGGAAGGGGACAGCGUCUUGUAGACAAAGCAGAGAAUGUUAUAGCGCGAUUCUUAAAGGCGUUGCAGCAGAUCGAGGAUAGUGGUGGAAGACGCAUAAGCUUUUCGAUAAAGCAGCGGCUUUUGGGUUCUGUCGAAGAAACUGUCAAUAAGAUGUGUGCAUUUUACAAGCUUGGGGUCAAUUGCAUUGCAGUACACAUGCGCAGAAAGGGCGAAGAGCGAGGCUGCACACACGCAGAUUGGGGCUCCUUCUUUCAAGUGUUAUCCGGAUUAUAUACUUGGUUUUGGACGGUCUUUUGUCAAGGUGAUCUCCAGCUCUUUGAAGAUGCUCUUAGAACAUUUCACGUAGUUGCGAACGGAGACCUGUUUUCGCGGGAGACCAUCACUGACUUCUUCUCCCUCUCUGAGCAGUACUUUUCGCAAUUACCCACAGAUAUACAGCCGUACUUAUCCAGUCGAUAUGGACGCCUGACUCCAGUGAUGCUGGCUCGAGGAGCCAUAUCUGACUUAAGCCUCUUCUCCUUUAUACUUGAGCAGAGAGGAGAAUCAGCUAAGAAGGCAGAUGCCUCCGUUCCUGCACAUAUCUCUGAGGUGCUUUCUUUGUUGCAGCCAACCAACGAGCCCCUCUGCUACCUCAAUCAAGCAAAGGCGCUUCUGCAAGUGUCUGAAGCCACAAGUUCCCACUUCAACAACUACAAGUACACAGUCCUCAACGGCAUAGCUUUUGUCAGAAGCCAUGAAAUUUACAAGUCUAAUACUCAACGCCUUGCAUACAAAUACUUCAACCAAGAACUGCAAACACCAAAAACAUACGGGGAGUAUCGCACCCUGUUGAACAGAUUGUCAUCGAAACCAUAUUCCUAUUGGGCUACAUUAUUACAAGAACAGACAAGACCGUCUACGGAGAAAGAAUGCUAUCAGCCUCCUGCUCCUUCGCUGACGGCGCCUGAACAGGAGGAACGGAAUCACAAAUGUUAG